CCCCUCUUGCACCCAAAAGCACCCCAAUAAUAUUCUCAUUUCAAUUUAAUCACUUUCUCUAGUUCCCAUGCAUCAUUCAUCCAAGUCCAUCACAAAAACAUGGAAACACCAACCCACAUUUUAAUUUUCUUUGUUUCCUGAAAACAAAAACAUUUUUCUGUAAUAUUUUGUGGGUGUGAGAGUGAGAAAGAGAGAGAGUGUGUGUGUUUGUCUUGGUAGUUUCAAUGGAGAUUUUUCAUUGCCUAUACUUGAUUUUUGUUAUCUCUUUCAUGUUCUUUUCAUUAGUAUUUGCAAAUGAUCCUUAUUCUGAAGCACUUCUUGGUUUUAAAUCUCAAGUUAUUGAUGAUUUUAACAGUUUGGAUGAUUGGUUUGUGCCUUCUGGAGAGAACCCACCUGGGAAAAUCUAUGCCUGUUCAUGGUCUGGAGUUGAAUGCAACAAGAACAACUCCAUUGUCGUUGGUUUAAACCUGUCCACAAAAGGGCUUUCUGGUGAGUUACCAGGGAAAUACUUGAGGGUUUUCAAUGAACUUGGUGAUCUUAAUCUUAGUCAUAACUCUUUCUCUGGUCAAUUUCCAGUUGAAAUAUUCAGUCUUUCUAAUUUGAGAAGCUUGGAUAUCAGCAGAAACAAUUUUUCUGGUCACUUUCCAGGAGGGUUGCACAGUCUUCAAAACCUGGUUGUUCUUGAUGCCUUUAGUAACAGCUUUUCAGGUCCUUUACCUGUUGAAGCUUCUCAGCUUCAGAAUCUCAAGGUUCUUAAUUUAGCUGGGAGUUACUUCAGUGGACCAAUCCCAUUUCAGUAUGGUUCUUUCCAGAAACUGGAGUUUAUCCAUCUAGCUGGUAACUUUCUCUAUGGCAACAUUCCACCAGAGCUUGGAAAUCUCAAGACUGUGACUCACAUGGAGAUUGGCUACAACUCUUACCGGGGAAGCAUUCCUUGGCAAUUGGGUAACAUGAGUGAGAUUCAAUAUCUUGAUAUUGCUGGUGCAAAUCUCUCUGGUUCAAUACCAAAACAACUCUCCAAUCUCACCAAACUUGAGUCACUUUUUCUCUUUAAAAACCACUUGACUGGGAAGAUUCCAGGGGAGUUUAGCAACAUCAAGGCUCUCUCAAGCUUGGAUCUUUCUGAUAACUUGCUUUCUGGGUCUAUUCCUGAGAGCUUUUCUGAGCUGAAAAACCUGACUUUGUUAAGUCUUAUGUACAACCAAAUGAGUGGCACUGUUCCCCAAGGCUUAGCCCAACUUCCAUCCCUGGAAAUUCUAUUCAUCUGGAACAAUUUUUUCUCAGGGUCACUUCCUGAGAAUCUUGGCAGAAACUCAAAGCUUAGAUGGGUUGAUGUUUCUACUAACAAUUUUGUUGGUAGCAUUCCACCCGAUAUUUGUGCUGGAGGUGUGUUGUUCAAGUUGAUCCUGUUUUCAAAUAAUUUUACCGGCAGUCUUUGGCCAUCUCUCUCAAAUUGCUCCUCUCUUGUCAGACUUAGGCUUGAAGAUAAUUCAUUUUCAGGUGAAAUCCCUUUGAAAUUCAGCCAUUUUCCUGAUAUUUCUUACAUAGACUUGUCUAGGAACAAGUUCACAGGUGGGAUUCCCAGUGAUAUAUCUCAAGCUUCAAAGCUUCAGUACUUCAAUGUCUCUAAUAAUCCAGAGCUUGGAGGCCUCAUCCCACCUAAAACUUGGUCUCUUCCACAGCUGCAAAAUGUUUCAGCGUCAGCUUGUAACAUUACAGGUACUCUUCCUCCAUUCAAGUCCUGCAAAUCCCUCACUGUCAUUGAAUUGCAAAUGAACAACUUAUCAGGGCCUAUCCCUGGAAGUAUAUCAAAUUGUUGGGCGCUUGAGAAAAUUGAUUUAGCUAACAAUAAGUUGACUGGUGCUAUACCUGAAGGGCUGGCAAAUCUUCCUGAUUUAAGUGUCCUAGACUUGUCACAUAACAAUUUCAGUGGUCAAAUACCACGAAAUUUUGGCAAUUGUUCAAGCUUGGUUCUCCUGAAUGUAUCUUUUAAUGAUAUAUCUGGCUCCAUUCCCCCAGGAAAGGCAUUGAAAUUGAUAGGUAGUAGUGCAUUUGUUGGAAAUCCAAAGCUAUGUGGAGCUCCUUUGCAAUCAUGUGCUACUUCAAUGGCUUUUUUUGGAAGCAAAGGCUCUGGCAAGCUCAUACUUGUGCUCCUACUGUGUGUAGGGGUUAUCAUGUUCAUUGCAGCUGCACUUUUUGGGGUAUUUUGGUUCAGAAGAGGAAGUAAAGGCCAGUGGAAAAUAGUCUCAUUUCUUGGACUACCACGGUUCAAAGCAACUGAUGUCUUAAAGAGCUUCAAUCCCACUGAUGCAGAGGAAGCAAUGCAGCCCCCACAGUCAGGUUCCAUUUGCAAGGCAGUUCUGCCUACAGGAAUCACAGUUUCAGUGAAAACAAUCAAAUGGGGAGCAAAGGGAAUGAAAAUCCUCGAAGAAUUUAUAACGCGGUUGGGGAAUGCAAGGCACAAGAACCUGAUCAGAUUGCUUGGUUUUUGCCACAACAACCAUCAAGCUUAUCUGCUGUAUGACUACUUGCCUAAUGGAAAUCUGUCUGAGAAGAUCAGAACCAAAAAGGAUUGGCCUACAAAAUACAGAAUUGUGAUGGGAAUUGCCAGAGGACUAUGCUUUCUUCACCAUGAUUGCUAUCCUGCAAUUCCUCACGGAGAUUUGAAGUCAAGUAACAUAGCUUUUGAUGAAAAUAUGGAACCCCAUCUAGCUGAAUUCGGCUUCAAACAACUAAAACAGCUAGCAAAUGCUUCCAUUCCAGCGACAACUUCCAGGACAGAAACAGGUAAAUUCAACAAUGGCAUCGAGGAGGAGCUCUAUAUGGACAUCUACAGCUUUGGAGAGAUCGUUCUUGAGAUCAUAACAAAUGGCAGGCUUACAAAUGCUGGAAGCAACAUUCAAGGCCAGCCAAGAGAUGGCCUUCUGAGAGAAAUAUGCAAUGAAAAUGAAAUUGGAUCAAGCAGUUCAUUGCUAGAGAAGAUAAAAUUGGUUCUUGAUGUUGCAAUUCUUUGCACUAGAACUAGUCCCUCUGAUCGCCCUUCCAUGGACGAUGUAUUGAAGUUUCUAUCUUGACUGCAGAACUAUGAAGCAAGAACAAUGGAAGCUUCAUAGCAGCAGCUUCAUAUACAUAAUCAGAUAAGAGAACAUCAAUACAUAUAUAUAUAUAUAUAUAAAACAAGUAGAUAACAUAUAUAACGAGUGUCAUUGUUAUAUUUAGUUUGAGUAGUGUGUUAAGUUUGUGUAUUAAUUAAAAUGUUUGAUCUGAAAUAAGCUUAUUUGUAAUGCACGGUUUUGAAACCGGGACCAGCUGGUUCAGUCCGGACUCAGUGGUCAUUCAGUCGUGGUAAAGUUAGUGGGUUCAAUGAUCCAGAUGAUAGCAGGAUUUUUGAAAAUUUUACAAUUAUUAGAGCUUGAACCAAGGUUGUCAGGACAUGUAAUGCACCAUCAUACCAUAAUUUCAUUUAGGUAUAUCUUGAAGUUUUUUUAUUGUA